AUGCCUAUAGGACGACGUGCGAACAUCGGUCGCCGCACAAGACAUGCAAGCCAGCAGCAAGUGUAUUUACUAAACUUAAGCGAAGGCAGACAAAAUAUAAUAAGACAAAAUGCCCGGUUAAGACAACGCAUCAGUACACGUAGAUCAUUGACAUCAUACAAUCGCUUGGCAUUCCAGUAUGAUCCCACUGCAAACUACAGUGAUGAUAAAAAUUUUGAUAUUGGACCAAUGCCGACUAUAUGCCGAUAUUGCAAUGCGUUAAAGUUCAAAAGAGAAACGGCUGGUUUGUGCUGCGCAAGUGGAAAAGUAAAACUGGAUCCAUUACUUGCACCACCACCGCCACUGAAAUCAUUGUUUGAUGGAAGUGACCCCGAUUCCAGCCAUUUUCUUCAACACAUCCUUCAAUACAAUAACUGCUUUCGCAUGACUUUCUUUGGAGCUAAUAUCAUUCAAGAAGGCGGCUUCAUGCCGACUAGCAAGAUACAAGGACAAAUAUACCAUUUGCAUGGUUCAAUGGUGCCAACACCAAAUGAACAGCAUCAAUUUCUGCAAAUAUAUUUAAUUUCGUCGAUGGUGGAUCAGCUGAUUGUGUGGUGCAAUAUGCAGGAAGAGUUAAAGAGACGAGUUAUUGAACAGUUGCAAUCAUUUUUUCACGCUAAUAAUGCUGUGGUUAACAUGUUCAAAACAGCAUUGGAACGAAUGCCAUCAGAUACGCACAAAUUUGUCAUAAGAGCGGAUUGUACCCCAAGAGGUAAACAUGUGCGAAGAUUCAAUGCACCGACCGUUAAUGAUGUUGCUGCAAUUAUUGUUGGCGAUCCAACUAAAUCGCGAGACAUUGUCGUUCAGCGAAGAAGCAAUAUCAUGCAUCGCGUAAACGAGACAUUGUUUGUACGACGCGUUACAAUAUCCAAUCAUUUAUUGGCAAGGGCAAGACGGUUAGGACAUCACGUUGAAGAUGGUCGAUCCAAUUACAGGUGCUUAUCAACGAAUAAAAAUCUAAGCGCUAUGAAAUACUAUGCAUAUCGUAUGAUGAUUCGUCCACAUGAGGAGAAUGGCAUUCUGAAGUGCCGUCGGCUAUUCCAGCAAUUCGCUGUCGACAUGUAUGUCAAAGUCGAGACCGAACGUUUAGCGUUCAUUCCAUUCAAUCAGGCAAAGCUACGAUCUGAGGACUAUAUACACUUGCGAGAUGCUAUUCAUUCAGAUGGUGAUGUUCAGAAUAUUGGACGUCUCACGAUUCUCCCAUCAUCUUAUACCGGAAGUCCACGCCACAUGCACGAAUACGCUCAAGACGCUAUGACGUACGUGCGACAUUAUGGAACUCCGGAUUUAUUUAUUACGUUCACUUGCAAUCCGAAGUGGACGGAAAUUGAACGUGAGUUGGAAACGGGCCAAAAACCGCAAGAUCGCCAUGACAUAAUAGCCAGAGUAUUUCAGCAAAAACUCAAGGUUAUGAUGGAUGUGCUUACUAAGUAUCGAGUUUUUGGUAACACACGUUGUUAUAUGUACUCAGUGGAAUGGCAGAAGCGUGGACUACCGCAUGCUCAUAUCCUAAUUUGGUUGCUGAAUAAAUUACAUUCAAAUGAAGUGGAUGAAAUCAUAUCAGCUGAAAUUCCUGAUCCAGUCACUGAUCCCCACCUACACGAUUUUGUGACGACACAGAUGGUGCAUGGACCGUGCGGUGCAUUAAAUCCAUUAUCGCCUUGCAUGGCUAAUGGAAAGUGCACAAAACGAUAUCCGCGACCGUUAGUUGCUGAUACAUUCACAGGGAACGAUGGAUAUCCAGUUUAUCGUCGGCGUUCAAAAGAAGAAAAUGAUCGAACUAUCAAAGUUAAAGUUCAAAAUCAAGAGAUAGAGAUCGGAAAUGAAUUUAUUGUGCCAUAUUGCCCGCUGCUAUCUCGAAUUUUCAGAACACAUGCAAACGUUGAAAGUUGUCAUUCGGCCAAAUCAAUCAAAUAUUUGUGCAAGUACGUCACAAAAGGCACCGACAUGACUGUGUUUGGUAUUGCGUCGGAAAAUGCGAAUGACGAAAUUAGCAGCUUCCAAAUUGGCAGAUACGUCAGUAGUAAUGAAGCACUGUGGCGAUUAUUGUCAUUUCAAAUUCAUGAAAGAUAUCCCACAGUUAUGCAUUUAGCAGUGCAUUUGGAAAACGGCCAAAGAGUUUACUUCACUGAGGCUAAUGCGGCACAGCGAGCUGAGAGACCACCAUCGACAACAUUGACUAGCUUCUUUGCUAUGUGUGAAGCAGAUCCAUUCGCAGCGACGCUGAUGUACGUUGAUAUGCCCAAGUAUUACACUUGGAAUCAAUCAACAAAGAAUUUCCAACGCCGCAAACAAGGAACCCCAAUUCCAGAUUGGCCACAUGUGUUUUCCACUGAUGCACUUGGUCGCAUAUAUACUGUUCAUCCUAGAAGUGAUGGAUGUUUUUAUUUGCGACUUCUGUUGGUAAAUGUACGUGGACCAAAAUCAUUUGUGCAUUUGAAAACUGUGAAUGGCCACCGAUGUCAAACAUAUCGAGAAGCAUGUCAACUAUUGGGUUUGCUGGAGAACGAUUCUCAUUGGGAUCUAACACUUGCGGAUUCAGUUGUUUCAUCAAAUGCGUACCAAUUACGAACGCUGUUCGCAAUUAUCAUCACCACAUGCUUUCCUUCACAACCAAUACAAUUAUGGAACAAAUACAAAGACGACAUAUGA